CGCGCGCAUCACUGACCACGAAAACAAGAACGACGCCUAUGCAGAGAUCCGCCCCUUCUUCAAUGAGCUCCUCGAUGGGCUGAAGGAAGCGCAUGAACUCAGCUUCUCAAACUAGCUCCAAGACGAAGUUAUCAAGCUCUGGAGCGACCCGAAAGAGAAGGCCAAAGCCCUCGACAACGUUGCUGCCGUCGUGCGUGAGUGGAGCAACGGUACCCGAUGGAAUACCUACAACAAGCUUCUCCGCGAGAUGGGCAUCAUCAAGAAGUCGGACUCGCAGAAGUACCGCGGCAGGCCGGUGAACUGGAACCAAGAGAUCGGCGAGGCCAUCAACCCAGACUUGGUGUCAUGGAGGACUAAGAUGAAGAAGCAGACCGCGAGCAUUGCGGCUUUGCUAGACACAGCCAUCAAGAGCGCCUGCGACGAGGUCUCGACAUUCAUCAGCCAGUCCUCGCUCCCCGUCCCGCUCAAGGCCGUCGCCCUCGAAGAGUGGAAGCAACGCCAGGCCAAAGUGCUCGAGAAGUCGGCUUGCCUGGACAUGGUGCUGCGCGAGGCGCUGCGCAAAAUCUACAAGUACGCAUCGACCGAGACAGACAUCCGGUGCAUGAUCUCGCGCGUCAACGCCGCCAAGUACGAAAAGAUCCAAAAGAUGCCCGUCAUCGAGUCCUGGUUCCACAAGCAGAAAGCCGCCAUGGAGGAGGCCAUGCUGCCGAAGAACAGCGAGGAGGAGGACAUGCUGGACCGCAUCUCCGACCAUCUCCACAAGGAGGCGAAGAGGCAGCUGGAGCUUGCCUUCUCCACCUUCCUCGCAGGCCUGGUUGAUGAGCUUCAGACUUUCGACGAUCACAUGGGCGAGCGCCUUCCGCCGGAGUACCAGCUUACCGACUCGGACCUCAAGAUUCGUGAUGGGCUGAAGGCGCUGCUGCCGGAGUUGGAGCAGCAGGUCGCCGAUCUGAGCAAGCUGUUGACAGAGUCUCAGGGGAAGCGGGACCGAGACGAGGUCGAGGUGGUCGAGGAGUCCGAGACACCGACUAAGCGGCUGCGCUUCACGUUCGCCGUCUGAAGUUGUUGGUACACUCGAAUGCCUUUUGGUGGCUGCAGGAGUGCGCGCACAUUCUUUGCUUCUUUCUUGUCCUCUUGUUGCAGGGCGCUUGCGCAGCAAGAGAUCGGAUACUCUGAUGGUAACCUCGCUUUGCCGGACUGCUUUCUUGGAGCUGCUGUUGGAUAAACAAUCAACCCGCUGGUGGCGGUUUCUAGCGUUGAGGGAGUCUGGGCUGGUAGGAAAGUCGUGAUUCCCUUUUCGCGGUUUACAUUUGGAUGGCUGAAUACUGGAUUGGGCGUCGGGCAGACUCGACGUCGCCAUCGGUUAUAUAGCUGAA